CGGUGAUACCAAGUGCACCGUUUUGUUACACACUUGUGGGCAAAUCACAUUUUCACAGGAGUUAAGAUACAACGAGAAGUCAAGUAUUUUUCUUGGAAAAGACCUUUAUUAGAGUUAAAUUUAUUGCAAGUAAUCUUCAGGCAUGUAGAAUUAACAAAUGACAUCGUUUGGAGAAUAGAGGGAUUCAGAGGAUAACAGUUUAACAGCUAUGGCAGAAAACAACCUCCCAACAACGGGAGAAGAACUGGAGGUGAAAAAUGAGUUCCCAGCCACAGCAACAGAGGAAAGUCAAGUUACGUCAAAUGACGCUGAACUGGAUGUAUACAAUGACCCUUUAAGAGGGAUAGCGGAAGUAUGUCUGGAGAAAGGUAACAAAGAAUACAGACAAGGAGAAGCUAAUAACGCCAUACGCUCCUACACGGAAGGACUUCAAGUGAACUGCAAAGAUAAACUACUGAACGCCAAGCUUUACAGCAACAGGGCAGCAGCUCAUUUCCGUUUGGCAAACUACGUGGAAUGUCUCGAUGAUACCACAGUUGCUGUUCAAUUGGAGCCCACUUUAAUCAAAGCUAUUAAGAAAGGAGCCAGAGCUUGUGUCGAACUUUGCUGGUAUAAAGAAGCAACGAGCUGGUUGCAUAUGGGAUUGGCCAUUGAAAACAAUAAAGAACGUCUGCUUCAAUUAAUAAGGAAAUCGAAUGUUGAACUAAAAGUCAAAGCGAACACUUAUGACAGUCUCGGAUGUACUUACUAUAGUGUCGAGCAGUUCAACACAGCAAUCGAGUACCAUCAACAAUGUCUAGAAAUUGCUAAAGAAGUGGGAGACAAGGCCGGAGAGGGAACAAGUUAUGCGAAUCUCGGCAACGUUUAUCAAGGUCUAGGAGAGUUCAAAACAGCCAUCAACUACCAUCAACGUCAUCUAGAAAUUGCUAAAGAAGUGGAAGACAAGGCCGGAGAGGGAACAAGUUAUGGCAACCUCGGCAACGCUUAUCAAGGUCUAGGGCAGUACAAAACAGCCAUCAAGUACCAUCAACGUCAUGUAGAAAUAGCUAAAGAGGUGGGAGAUAAGGCAGGAGAGGGAACUAGUUAUGGCAAUCGCGGCAACGCUUAUCAAGGUCUAGGAGAGUUCAAAACAGCCAUCCACUACCAUCAACGUCAUAUAGAAAUAGCUAAAGAAGUGGGAGACAAGGCCGGAGAGGGAACAAGUUAUGGAAAUCUCGGCAACGCUUAUCAAGGUCUAGGAGAGUUCAAAACAGCCAUCAAGUACCAUCAACGUCAUCUAAAAAUUGCUAAAGAAGUGGGAGACAAGGCCGGAGAGGGAAGAAGUUAUGGCAAUCUCGGCAACGCUUAUCAUGGUCUAGGACAGUUCAAAACAGCCAUCAAGUGCCAUCAACGUGGUCUAGAAAUUGCUAAAGAAGUGGGAGACAAGGCCGGAGAGGGAAAAAGUUAUGGCAAUCUCGGCAUUGCUUUUGAUAGUUUAGGAGAGUUCAAAACAGCCAUCCAGUACCAUCAGAAAUGUCUUGAAAUUGCUGAAGAAGUGGGAGACAAGGCCGGAGAGGGAAGAAGUUAUGCAAAUCUCGGCAUUGCUUUUGAUAGUCUGGGAGAGUUCAAAACAGCCAUCCAGUACCAUCAACGUCAUCUAGAAAUUGCCAAAGAAGUGGGAGACAAGGCCGGAGAGGGAAGAAGUUAUGGCAGUCUCGGCAACGCUUAUCAAGGUUUAGGAAAGUUCAAAACAGCAAUCGAGUACCAUCAACGUCAUCUAGAAAUUGCUAAAGAAGUGGGAGACAAGGCCGGAGAGGGAAAAAGUUAUGGCAAUCUCGGCAACGCUUAUCAAGGUCUACGACAGUUCAAAACAGCAAUCGAGUACCAUCAACGUCAUCUAGAAAUUGCUAAAGAAGUGGGAGACAAGACUGGAGAGGCGUGCGCACUCUGUUCCCUUGGAAGGAGUUUUGAGUGCCAAGGAAAUCUUAUGAUGGCCUUUGACUGUUAUUAUUCGAGUGUAGAAUUGUAUGAUGAUAUCAGGGCCAGUCUUCAACUCAACGAUCAGUGGAAGAUUUCUUAUCGUAAUCAGCACCAAGUAGCAUACAAAGGUUUGUGGCGUAUAAAUCUCAAUCGAGGUCAAGUUGUGAAGGCUCUUCUUGCCGCAGAGAAAGGACGUGCUCAAGCUCUGAGGGAUCUUAUGGUGACAAAAUAUCAGCCUGGAGAUUCUUUAACGCACAGCGCAUUCCGCAUUUCUCUGAGGUGGGUUCCAUUGAGCACAGUUUUUAUAUCUAUUAAUGGACCAUGCGUUUACUUCUGGGUUUGUCUCAGUGAAGAUAAUAUCCAGAUGAGAGAGGUACACGUCAACAAUUAUAAGUAUGAGGAUGAAUUGCAAUGUUUCAUCCGGCUUCUGAACAAAACUGCUCUGAAGGAAAUCGGUGUAAGAGAUACUGUUACAAUCGAAAAUCUUCCUCGUGAUUCGCCGACACAAGAGGAAGUGGCCAAUGAUGUGAUCCGAGUUGAUGUGAGACACUCCCAAUUAAGUGCUUCAAAGAAGCUGCAUGACAUCAUCAUUACUCCUAUUGCUGAUCUGAUCGAAGGCAACGAACUAACAUUCGUUCCUGAGGGGCCAUUUUGCCUUGUACCUUACGCAGCGUUGCAGGACUCCAACUCAUCAUAUCUAAGUGAUUCUUUCAGAAUUCGUGUGCUUCCCUCUCUGACGACGUUGCAACUAAUUCAAGAUUGUCCAGCUGACUUUCACAUGAAGACUGGUGCAUUACUUGUCGGCGACCCAUAUUUCAAACACAUCAUCUAUGAGGGAGGACUUUUGGUGCAACUUCCAGGAGCAAGGAAAGAAGUGGAGAUGAUCGGACGUAUCCUAAAUGUUUCCCCCCUCACUGGAGAAAUGGCAACAAAACAUGAAGUGUUAAAACGAAUAUCAUCAGUGGCGUUAGUUCACAUUGCAGCGCACGGUAAAAUGGAAACUGGAGAAGUUAUCCUGGCACCAAACACCACAAGAGAUAACCCUCAGCCGCAAGAGAAAGACUAUCUACUGACGAUGAAAGAUGUCAUAGAAGCUGGGUUGCGAGCACGUCUGGUUGUACUUAGCUGCUGUCACACUGCUCGUGGGGAGGUCAUGGCCGAGGGUGUGGUCGGCAUGGCGCGUGCACUUUUGGGUGCCGGUGCCAGAUCUGUUGUGGUAACCUUGUGGGCGAUUGACGACGAGGGAACCCUGGAGUUCAUGAGUUUCUUCUACGAUGCACUUGCCAAAGGCAAGAAGGCAAGUGAAGCUCUCAAUCAGGCCAUGAAGUGUAUGAGAGAAAUUGAAAAGUUCAAGGAGGUGAUUUACUGGGCACCAUUUGUACUCAUUGGUGACGACGUCAACCUGGAUUUCAAGGAUAUUUCGAAGCUGAAGCAA